CGAAAAAAUAAAAAUUUAAUUUUGGGAAAAAUAAAUAAAAGAUCGUUUCUUCUCCCUCAUCUCACAUUUAAAAGAGUUGCAUCGUUUCAAAGAACAUCGCCUCCACCGCCAAUAAACACACAAAACGGCGUAGUUUUAUAACUCCCCCGCCGUCUUCUUCUCCGGAGGGGAACCCUAGUUCGCAGCCAUGGGAGAAGAUCAAAAGCCCCUUUUCACUGAAAAAACCAAAUCUUUCUCGUCUUCUCCUUCAUCCCUAUGGCCCCUAUCGAAGCUAAUGGUCAGUUUCGUUGCCUUGAUCUCUCUCUCUUACAUUUUCUACUCCCUCGGUUUCAUGGUUCGUUCCUCCUCUUCUUCUUCUCCAUCGAUUUCGCCGUCUUCUCACAUCGCCAUAUCGCCCAAACCCCGACUCGGGUCGGGUCAAAACCCGGAGAAGACCGAUCUCAAGCACAUCGUCUUCGGCAUCGCCGCCUCCGCAAAACUCUGGAAACAUCGCAAAGACUAUGUCAAAGUAUGGUGGAGACCCGACGGAGGGAUGAACGGCGUCGUUUGGCUCGACAAGCCUGUAGAAAACGACACCGUUUCGUCCUCGGCCUCAUUAUUGCCACCGAUCAAGAUCUCCUCCGACACGUCGAAGUUCAAGUACAAGUACCCGAAGGGGCACCGGUCGGCGAUCCGAAUCUCCAGGGUCGUGUCGGAGACGGUGAGAUUGUUGAACGGAACGGAAAAGGAGAGAAACGUGAGGUGGAUUGUGAUGGGAGACGACGACACUGUGUUUUUCACGGAGAAUCUGGUUAGGGUUCUGAGAAAAUAUGACCACGAACAGUUUUAUUACAUCGGAUCUUCGUCGGAGAGUCACUUGCAGAACCUGCACUUCUCGUACGGGAUGGCGUACGGGGGAGGAGGGUUCGCGAUGAGUUAUCCACUGGCGAAGGCGUUGGAGAAGUUUCAAGAUCGGUGUAUAGAGAGGUACCCGGAGCUGUACGGAUCCGACGACCGGAUUCAUGCUUGCAUGUCGGAGCUCGGAGUUCCUCUGACCAGGGAAGUUGGCUUUCACCAGUUCGACGUGUACGGGAAGCUAUUGGGCCUGUUAUCGGCCCAUCCAGUGGCGCCGAUCGUAUCGGUACACCACUUGGACGUAGUGGACCCCAUCUUCCCGAACAUGAACCGAGUCAAAGCCCUUCACCGACUCAUGCUCCCCGCCAAACUCGACUCGGCCAGUCUCAUGCAACAGUCCGUCUGCUACGACGCCGCCCGCAACUGGACGGUCUCCGUCUCAUGGGGAUACGUCGUGCUGAUAACACGUGGCGUCCUGCCGGCCAGGAGGAUGCACAUCCCCGCCCGCACCUUCGUCGACUGGCACAAACAAGCCGACCCCCACAACUACGCCUUCAACACACGCCCCAUCAGCCAUGACACGUGUCACCGGCCACGUGUAUAUUACGUAACCAGCGCUCUAUAUGACCCGUCCUCUCACCGGACGGCCAGCGAGUACGUCGGCCGCGCCACGUGGACUCCUCCUUACUGCGACUGGGAGAUUCCGGAUCCUUCCGAGAUCAUUCGGGUCGUGGUUUACAAAAGACCCGACCCGGAUCGCUGGACUAAGGCUCCGAGGAGGGACUGUUGCAGAGUAUUGCCUGCGACGAAGAACGGGACGAUGGUGCUCAAUGUGGGAGCUUGUGAAGAUGGUGAAAUUGUUGAAUUUCGGUCCAAAUGAAUUCCUUUUAUACAUAUAUUUACAUACACUUGAAUGGAUCUAUAUAGAGGUUCUAUAGGUGAGGGCUUUUUCAUAAUUUUAAUUUUGCUUGUUUUUUUUU